UUUCUCAUAAAUCAUGCUAUUAAAACACCAUUGUCAUAUAAUAUUGUUAGUUUUGGAGCCAAGGCUGAUGGAAAAUCAGAUUCAAUACAAGCAUUUCAAAAGGCAUGGGACCAUGCAUGCGGGUCCAUAAAACCAGCCUCUAUUUAUGUGCCUAAAGGAAGAUUUUAUCUUCGGAGUGGAAAAUUCAAUGGACCUUGCAAGAAUAAAGCCAUUUUCAUACGUAUUGAUGGAACUCUGGUGGCUCCCUCUGACUUUCGAGUUAUUGGCAACUCUGCAGCUUGGAUCAUGUUUAAGAAUGUUGAUGGAGUAACGAUCUUAGGUGGAAUUCUUGAUGGUCAAGGAACCAAAUUAUGGGCUUGUAAAACUACUGGCAACAAUUGCCCAACUGGUGCCUCGACUAUUGAAUUUUCCUACUCAAAGAAUGUUGUGAUUAGUUCAUUAACAUCACUCAAAAGUCAAAUGUUCCACAUAGUGAUCAAUCAUUGUCAAAAUAUGAAAAUGAAGGGGCUAAAGAUCUUCGCCUCAGGUGAUAGCCCUAAUACUGAUGGUAUACAUGUACAACUAUCAUCUGAUGUGACUAUACUAAACUCUAAAAUAGGCACGGGAGACGACUGUAUAUCCAUCGGUCCUGGCACCUUCAACCUAUGGAUUGAGAAUAUCAUCUGUGGACCUGGUCAUGGAAUAAGCAUUGGAAGUCUAGCAAAAGAUCAACAAGAGGCCGGGGUGCAAAAUGUUACAGUAAAAAAUGCAUUAUUUUCACGCACUCAAAACGGGGUGAGAAUCAAGGCAUGGGCUAGGGCAAGCAAUGGGUUUGUUAAGAACAUUAUCUUCAAAAAUAUUGUAAUGGAUAAUGUGUACAACCCAAUUCUUAUUGAUCAAAAUUAUUGUCCACGCCAUAAAGAAUGUCCAGACAAGGCUUCUGGAAUCAAAAUUAGCGAUGUGACAUAUCAAAACAUUCAUGGAACAUCAGCCACUAAGGUUGCAGUAAAGUUUGAUUGCAGUCCUACAAAUCCAUGCAAUCAAAUAAGAUUGGAGGAUGUCAAACUUAGUUAUAUGAAUCAAAUGGCUCAAGCUACUUGUAGCCAUGCUGGAGGGAUUGCCACUGGUCUUGUUCAGCCUAUUAGUUGCUUCUAA